AGAUUGGACAAAUUGCGCGUUAAAAAUGAAACGGAAAACGCGGAAUUCGAAGGAUCUUUCCAAAGAUUAGUGAAAAAACAAAUAGAAAAAGAAACUCCUCCGAUUCCUAUAGUGCCUUGUAAACCUCAACCGCCGAAAUGGUGGCCCGUCGAUUCGAAACCGGAAGAACCCGUAGUGGAAACGAUAAAUAUAGCUCCGGUGUAUACGAGAUCGUCUGCUAGAUGGAUCCAAGAACCUAAUUUAACGGCUUUCGUACAGGAUAAUCCGUGUCAAAGGAAAAAAGAUAUGUUACUCGUUGGACAACCUUUUAAAACGGAAGCUUGUAAUUGGUAUUACGAAAUUUACCCGCCGCCCGAUAUAAAACGCCAAAUGAAAAAACUGAAAUAAAUUUUCGAGUGUCAUUAAGACAAGUCAAAAUUUUCGUUAGAUUUUUAUCAUUAAAUUUUUCGUUUGAUAUGGAUAAGAUAGCGACGGAAAAUCUUUUUCUUUUGGAAUUUCUAGUGGACAACGUUAAUUUGGAUCCGUCCUGCGAUUGCGACGAAGUCGAAGGUGAAAAAUGCGUGUCGUUUCAAUUUUUAGAUAACGCACCUUUGGAUGUAUGCGAAGCCGAUUUUAACCCUCAAAGAAACUAUAUAUCGAAUUGUCCGAAAGAUACCAACAUAAAAAGUGGCAAAUCGUGUUUAUUUUCCCUAUCACCUGAACAAGCCGAAGAAGCAAUCAAUAAGUUAGACAUUUACGUUUCGAUUUAUAAGAAAAUGCCUCCUGGUAGUUGGAUACCGGAAAAUGUAGAAAUCGGUAGCGCUCUUAUAUCAAUAGCUAAUUUAUUCGAGGAACUUAUAAAUUGCAUAACAACUUCCACGGGGGAAGAAAGUACUUCUCCUACAGCGAAAACAUUGAAAGAUUCUUUCGAUAUCAGUACACCCGAAGGAGAAAUAUGCGGAAAAAUAGGCGUUUAUAUAAGAUUAUCGUGUUUCGGAAAACUCAUAGUGACACAAUUUCAAAUGAAUUUGCAAGAUAAAUCAGUUUUAUUUAAAGAUAAAGAAGGAAAAUCUUUAUAUAGGUACAAAAAAGGCGGAAAAGGUGGUAAAAACGGUGAUAAAUGUACACCUAAAACUAAUAAAAACAACGGAAAACGUUAUAACGAUUCAUGUCCUACUACUCCAUGCGGCGGGGACGCUAGAGCUCCCGUUCGAAAUAAUUCAAACGGACAACCAACACCUGGCGAUUGUCCCGUAACUUCUCCAACUUCAGCAUCUCCUUUCGAUAAUACCGGAAAAGUAUGCGUGGAUAAUUGUCCGUUAAAACCGUGUUUGAUAGAUCAAAAUAACCCGGGAGUUGGUAAUGCGACGAUGGGUUUUAACGUAGCAGGAGGACAAUAUAAUUACAACGGCGGUGGAAUGGGUUUUAAUCCAGCUCCAAUGGGAUUUCCCGGUAUGGUUCCACAAGCUCCUUGUAUGGAAUGCGGUAAUAUUCCGAACGCUCCUUGUUUACCACCGACGCAGUACGGACCCUACGGUGGCGGUUUUAACGGAGUUUUGGGAAACCCGAUGAUGCGCGGUGGUACCGGUAGCAUCGGUCAACCGUGUUCGGAAUGUUCUCCUUGUCCUAACGCCGAUGAUUCAUGCGCUUGCGCGAAAUCAGAUCCGGAAGGUAAUUACCAAGAAAUCGGCGCUUCGAUGGGGGGAAAUUCUUUAACGAUAAGAGUACAUAAAGAUAAUAAAAUAGAACCGGCCGAUGACGACGAAUCUGGUAGUUGCAUAUGCAAAAACGCGAAAAACAACAUGAAUCUCAACAUAGAACCCGGUAUAAAGCAAGCCGGCAAAGAAUUACCUUUCGCUUUUAGAAUGGGUCAACAGGGUCAAGGUCAGACAGGUGGCGUUGUGGUAAAUCCUCCGACUUGUACGGCCGCGAACGGAGCUAAAGUUACCGAAUUUUCGGAUCCUAAUAAAGAAUUGUUCGUAUUGAGGAUCGGGAAAAAAAGCGAAGGUGUAGAUAAAAAACAAAAUUUGGAAUUGGAACUUUGUACGCCGAAAGGUCCGGAACGGAAACCGAUACCGCAAAAAAAAUCGACGGAUACGCAAUACGAUCCCAACGAUGCCGGUCCGGAAACGAAAGGUAAGGGGAAAGGUAAAGGAAAGGGUAAAGGGAAGGGUAAAGGAAAGAAGAAAUGAUUUGGUCGUGUCUUUUUUUUAUUUCGUUUGAAUUUGUAUUAUUUUUUGUUUUUGGUUAAUAAAGAAGAAGAAAAUUGUU